CACUUAGUGACACUGUCUCGUGAUAUUUUAGCCGACUCGCAAUUGACAGCCGUCGUCACUGUAAACGUCAAACAUACAAACCAACAACUGCAAAUUGUGCAAAGAAAUACCAGAUCGAAAAGUUUUGUGAAAAUUUUGUAGAAAAAUGUUCAAAAAAUUCGACGAGAAAGAGAACAUUUCGGGUACUCAACAGCUGAAGUCAUCUGUGCAAAAGGGUAUUCGUACGAAAUUAAUCGAACAAUUUCCUCACAUCGAAACGCACGUUGAUCAAAUCCUGCCGAAGAAGGAUGCAUUCAAAAUUGUGAAAUGCCAAGAUCAUAUCGAAAUUUUGAUCAACAGUUCCGGCGAUCAGCUGUUUUUCCGACAUCGCGAAGGUCCAUGGAUGCCGACUUUGCGGCUACUGCAUAAAUACCCAUACUUUUUGCCAAUGCUACAAGUCGACAAAGGUGCUAUUCGAUUCGUUCUGAGUGGAGCCAACAUUAUGUGCCCGGGAUUGACAUCGCCAGGUGCAUGCAUGACACCGGUAGAUAAGGGUACGGUCGUCGCUAUUAUGGCAGAAGGAAAACAACAUGCACUAGCUAUCGGCUUCACAAGCCUCUCAACCGAAGACAUAGCCAAAGUUAACAAAGGUGUCGGCGUUGAGAACUGUCAUUACCUAAACGAUGGUCUUUGGCAAAUGAAACCAGUCAAAUAAAUUCCGAAAAUGAAGAAAACAAUGCAUUUUUUAUCGGCUGAACACGAUGAUAUUCUCUUUUGUAACAUCUCAAGCUAAUAUGACUUUGUAUUUUUUAAAAUUUCGCUAAAUAUAUUUAAAUAUGAAAUCGAAA